CAGUUACAACUUCAGCACAAACACACAACAGAAAAGGGAAGGCAAUGGAGAUGUCAGCCAAGCUCUGUGUUCUAAUGGUCUUACUGAUCUUCUCAGACUGUGCACGUAAAGCAGGUGUCAAAGGAGAUGUCACUCCCACUGUUUUCUCCAGUGCUGGGGGGCACAUAACCCUUCACUGCAAUAAUGUGCUUGACGAAGACUGUUUCUCAACUACAUGGAUCUACAACAGUGCUGGUCAUGAUGGAACUACUGAAGAAGUUGGCCAUGGACAAGUCAAACAAGAUUCACCAACAAAUCGAUCAAAGAGACUUAUGGUGGAAUCUGACUGUUCUUUGAAUAUUACUGAUGUAACCACUGAGGAUGCUGGACUUUACACAUGUCAACAGUUCCCGAAAGAAGGUGGACAAAAAGAGGGAGGGGAUGCUCCAGUUUAUCUAGCAGUUCUUCAAAUGUUUGCAUCGCCAGAAGUGACAGAAAUAGAGCCUGGUAGUAAAGUGACUCUCCAAUGCCUCCUGAUUACACAUGACAAGUGUGGAGGAACCGUGGAAAAUAAGAGAGUUAGUCUAAGCUGGGUGGAUAAGCAAAACAUGAAGCUGAAUGAGACAAGUAACCGUCAUAUCAGAACUUCAUCUGCCUGUAACAUCACUAUUGCUGAGAAACUCAUACAUCUAAAGCGUUCUGAGAAAUUGAGAUUAUGGACAUGCCAACUGACUGCAGAUGGGAAGGUCAAGGCUUCAACCACCUACACCAUUCGAGUAAAAGACUCAAAAUCCACCUCAGCAUUCCCAACCAUAUUAGUAGCAUCAACAUCAACUUCUGAAACCAUCACAGAUAGCACGACCACACCAUCGCUAAUCCUGAAAGAUCAUACAGUCUCCCUGAUUGUAGGGGCUCUUGUUGCCAGCCUCUUGUCAGCCAUAAUAGUGAUAGUGGUGAUCUGCAAAAAAAGAGCAAAUUCUGAAAGGAGGACACAAAACAAUGUUGAUGAUAAUAUCAGCGAGAUGAGAGUCAAUGAGUCUGAACAACCUCCAGCUAAUGACCAGAACACAGAACACUAUGCAUCUAUUAAACACCUCAACCAAGCACACACAAAGCAUGCCAGAAAGUCACCUGUAGACACUGUGAUCUACAGCACACUCAGGGAUGCAGUGGAGGCUAAACACACGUAAACGCCGUUAACACACCUCCUGAACUUCGGAAAUAGCGUUUACACACCUCUAAUCUGCAUUUAUCAACCUCUAAAUUGCAUUUAUCCACCUUUAAAUAGCAUACCAUUCUCAAACAAUACUAAAUUAAUGUUGUUUUACAAUUGUCUAUAGUUUUAUAUUGCUAGUUUCAUAUUGUUGAACUUGGCCUGUGCAACACAGUUUAUCCAUAUUGCACUGCAUUAUGGUGUCAGCGACCAGUCGUCUCGCGGCAGUCAGCAGGAAGCAUCAAAUAUUAGUCACACCGCAUGUCAUGUAAACGAGUUUGGAUAGUGAAUGGAUACACACCGAUUUCUGAAGCAUCAAGACAGCAUCCCUCUUAUUGAUUAUGCCAGAAACGGCCCUGAAUACAAGCCCAAAGUGAGUGAGAAACAGAAACAAUACAAUACUUUUUUUUAGGUUCAUUUGAUGCGCGGUAGAUCCAUGCCUCUGAGUCAACAAGGCACGACGUUGACAUUAUUAGGUUACUUCAGACGAAGUUGCAAGUCACCUCUACCUUUCCCCAUUAGCCUAGAUAACUGGUUGUUAUUUCAUGCAUUCUCUGGCUUUUAAGCCGCUAAAAGCUAUUCGCCUUAUUCACCCGGUGGCCAGAACGAGGCUAAAGGUGGUGGUAAUGCACUCGGCCGUCAGAUUUGCCUAUAUUGCCAAUAUUUCACAUGCACAGGAAUUCUCACACACUCACCCUAGUCUUCUUAGGAAGUGUUUGGUGUAUGGAGUGAAAGUCUUAAGAGUCUUAGAGAGAAGUGAACAACAAUGAUGACAUCAACAACCAUCUGCAAAUCUGAUCCAACUGAGCUCUCUGUAAAAUGCAUUCUCUUGAUAUUGUAAGGUGAUUGGUUGGUUGAUUGAUUGAUUGAUUGAAAUUCUAUAUUGGAAAUCUG